CACUAGUGUAUCAUAUCAAGACACAUGACUUUUAUGCAGACUUGGCUGCUAACCCUAGCUUGUUGAACCGUAUGGACACUGCCAACCUUCCCAGUGCCCAUCCAUGUUAUGUGGCAGAUAGGAAGAAGAGCCCAGGGUUCUUCUCUGAUGAAGUUGAUGGUAAUGUGAUUACUGAGUUUUGUGCCUUGAGGGCGAAAUCGUAUGCAUUCAACCUUUAUACAGGGGAGAACAAUGUUGGAGGAGGAGAGAAGAUCAAGGCGAAGGGUAUCAGGUCUCGUGUGGUUAAGAAUCACAUGACGUUGGAAGACCAUAGAAAGUGUUUGUUUGGAGAAGCUGGUGUGGAGGCUUACCAGGAUUAUGUUUCAAUACGGUCAUUCAAACAUAAUCUCAUGACAAUCAACACAAAAAAAUUGACAUACAACAGUUACAAUGACAAGAGGGUGGUGUUAGAAGACAAAAUAAACACAUUAGCCCAUGGUCAUUAUAGUAUAGAGUAA